AGCAAAAUUCCAAAUAUAAGUUAACAAUAGUGGGUGCAUCUAUUUGUUUCCACGAAAUUUGAAAUAAAAAAAAUAUAGAAAAAAUAUAGUACUGAGUCCUUUGCCUCUUCUUGUUUGAUACAAGCACUGCAUUUCACAUUUUGCACUUUCAUUUUGUGAAUUAGGACUUUGAAAGAUGGCUGAGGCUGUGCUUGAACUUGUGCUUCACAAUUUGAACUCACUCAUUCAGAAGAAGAUUGGCUUAUUUCUUGGUUUUGAUCAACACUUUAAUAGUCUUUCCAGCUUGCUGACAACAAUCAAGGCUACUCUUGAAGAUGCUGAGGAGAAACAAUUCACUGACAGAGCUAUCAAGGAUUGGCUGCUUAAGCUCAAAGAUGCUGCUCACGUCCUCGAUGACAUCUUGGAUGAGUGUGCCACUCAAGUGCUGGAGAUGGAGUAUGAAGGACUAUCACACAAGGUACAAAGCUCUUUCUUAUUCUCUUUUCAUCCAAAGCAUGUUGCUUUCCGUUACAAAAUUGCUAAGAAAAUGAAGAGGAUAAGAGAGAGGUUAGAUGAAAUAGCUGAAGAAAGGAGUAAGUUUCAUUUGACUCAGAUAGUGAGAGAAGAGAGAAGUGGAGUCCUUGACUGGCGCCAAACCACCUCAAUCAUUUCUCAACCUCAAGUCUAUGGAAGAGACGAAAGUAAGGAAAGAAUCGUUGACCUUUUGGUUGGUGAUGCAUCUCAAUUGGACGACUUAUCUGUCUAUCCGAUAGUAGGCCUUGGUGGGCUAGGCAAAACAACACUUGCCCAACUCGUCUUCAAUCACGAGAGGAUAGUCAACCACUUUGAGUUAAGGAUUUGGGUGUGUGUUUCGGAUGAUUUCAGCUUGAAAAGAAUGACUAAAGCCAUCAUAGAAUCAGCAACUAAGAAGGCUUGUGAGAAUUUGGAUAUGGAGCCACUACAAAGAAGACUUCAAGAUCUAUUGCGAAGAAAAAGAUAUUUGCUUGUUUUAGAUGAUGUGUGGAACGAGAAGCAAGAGAAAUGGCAAACAUUGAGAUCUAUGUUGGCUUGUGGGGGAAAGGGUGCUUCAAUCUUGGUCACUACUCGUCUUGCAAAGGUAGCAGAAAUUAUGGGAACAAGGCCUCCUUAUGAAUUAUCAACCUUAUCUGACAUAGAUUGUUGGGAAUUGUUCAAACAACGAGCUUUUGGACCAAAUGAGGUGGAAAGGGCAGAGCUUGUGGUCAUAGGGAAGGAGAUACUAAAGAAGUGUGGGGGAGUGCCUCUUGCGGCAAUAGCACUAGGAAGUCUCUUGCGUUUUAAAAGAGAGGAAAAUGAGUGGCUGUAUGUCAAGGAAAGCAAACUAUGGAGUUUACAAGAUGAAGAUUGUGUCAUGCCUGCCUUGAGACUAAGUUACUUGAAUUUGCCAGUAAAAUUGAGACAAUGUUUUGCCUUUUGUGCUCUAUUUCUCAAAGAUGAAAGAAUCAGUAAGAAGUUUCUAAUUGAGCUUUGGAUGGUUAAUGGUUUUAUUUCAUCUAAUGAAAUGUUGAACGAGGAAGAAAUUGGAAAUGGGGUGUGGAAUGAAUUAUACUGGAGAUCAUUUUUCCAAGAUAUUGAGACUGAUAUAUUUGGCAAAAUUACAAGUUUCAAGAUGCAUGAUCUUGUUCACGAUCUUGCUCAAUCUUUUUCAGAUGAGGUAUGUUGCAUUUUAGAUGGGGAUGGCAUGCCUAGUACGUCUGAAAGAAUCCGCCAUCUCUCAUUUUAUCGCGGGGGUUCAUUUAAGGGAGUCAAUUUAGUCCGGUUGCGUAGCAUCAAAUCAUUAAAGACUUACACAAUACCAGGGGUUGAUGGUAACAGACUUUUACCUCAUAUAUUGAAAUUUUAUUCUUUACGGGCUCUUGAUUUGAAACUUAUGAAUGAAGUUCCAUUUUCAAUCGGUCAUUUGAAAUAUCUAAGGUACUUGAAUCUUUCUUCGGGUGACUUCGAAACUCUUCCAGAAUCCAUAUGUAAGUUAUGGAAUUUGCAAAUUUUGAUAUUAGAUGAAUGUCAUAAACUCCAAAAGUUGCCUAAUAAUUUGAUACGCUUGAAAGCUCUACAACAUCUAUCAUUGAAUUUCUGUGAGAAACUAUCAAGAUUACCUCCCCAAAUAGGGAAGUUGACUUCCCUGACGACUUUGAGCAUGUAUGCUGUUGGCAACAAAAGAGGGUUCCUUUUGGCAGAAUUAGGACAGCUAAGUCUUAAAGGAGCACUUCACAUCAAGCACCUUGAGAGAGUGAAAAGUGUAACAGAUGCUAAAGAAGCCAAUAUGUUUAGUAAGCACUUGAACCAUUUGUGGCUGUCAUGGGACAGAACUGAAGAGUCCCAAUUGCAGGAAAAUGUUGAGCAAAUUCUUGAAGUUCUUCAACCUCAUAUCCAUCAGCUUCAAGAAUUGGGUGUGGAAGGAUAUACAGGUGUCCAUUUCCCACAAUGGAUGUCUAAUCCUUCUCUCAAAGAUUUACGGUGCGUAUAUCUCAAGGAUUGUCAAAGCUGUUUACACCUUCCGCUGUUGGGGAAACUACCUUAUCUAAAGGAACUAUCUGUAUCCAACAUGAGUCGAAUAAAAUACUUAGACGAGGAGUCCUACGAUGGUGAAGUUAUUGGUGGUUUCAUAGCACUAGAACAUCUGUCAUUGGAGAAGCUGCCAAACUUGAUGAGAAUAUCAAGGGAGGAUAGAGAAAAUAGGUUCCCGCACCUCUCCGCGCUUGUAAUAAUUGAAUGUCCUAGUUUGUUGGGCUUUCCUUCCCUUCCAUCUCUCACUUAUAUGUGUAUACAAGGAAAAUGCAACCAAGAGUUACUAAGUUCAAUUCAUAAACACGAUAGUCUUGAAUCGCUCGUGUUCUACAAUAAUGAAGAGCUAACAUGUUUUCCGAUUGGUAUGCUAAGAAACCUCAUUUCUCUCAAGUCAUUGAUGAUUUGGAGUUGGUCCGAAAUAGAAGUUCUGGAUGAGGCCUUACAACAUAUGACUGCCCUUGAAUCGUUAAUAUUGAGGGAUCUUCCAAACCUAAUAUCCUUGCCUGAACCGUUAGGAAAUCUAGUUUUUCUUCGCGACUUAAGAAUUUCUAAUUGUCCGAAGUUGACAUGUCUUCCGAUAAGCCUUCAAAGUCUUACUGGUUUGAAAAGUUUGGGAAUUUAUUGCUGCAGUGAGUUAGAGAAACGAUGUGAAGAGAAAAAGGGUGAGGAUUGGCCAAAAAUAGCUCAUGUUCAAAAUAUUGAAAUACGAAACACCAAAUUAAUCUUCUGAGUAGGAAGACGGCGCUACCUUAUUAUGAUGCAAAAGCUCUUUUGAUCACAGAGGUCUAAAGCAUCUUCGAAUUGUCUAAAUCUCCAAAGGUAUGCUACUUUCUCUUCACAGAUAUUAGAGGCAUUGCUUGGAAAACUAGUCCUACAAAUUGUAUAAAUAGAUUGAUGAUGGCUAUUGGAUACAGACCCGCCAGAAAGUGUUAAGGACCAAUUUGAUUUUCCUUCACAAGAAAGUGUGAUCCCCUUGGAUCAUCAAUGAUGGUAAACAAAAACAAUGGUGAUGUGAAAGAGUUUCUUGACAAGGAAGGUAUGGAAGUCAAUAAUAGCAAGAGAAAGACAAAAUAUAAAGAAUAUUGAAGGAUUAAAGCUUUUCUGCCCAAUUUCCACUAUAAAACUUCUUCGGUUGAUCUAGUUGAGAAACCUGUUGAUAUUAUCUCUACAAUAUGCAUAACAAUCUUUUGAUUUUUCUUGAAUUUAACUUUUAUGUUGUCAUUUGUGAAGUCAACGUUGUAUUAUACAAUUUGUGAUCAAUAUCAAGUUGAAGUUUUCUUCAUUUAAAGUACUUUUUUUUCUUCCAUUAGUGAACAUCUACACUGCCACAUUUGCAGUAGAUAUGAAAAGAUAUGAAAGCAUUUGUUUUUCUUUAUUCCAUAUGCCUAAAAGGUUAUUCUGAAACGUUGGAACAUUAUACAUAGUCAUAGUACUAUGACCAUUUGGGCGUGUUUUGAAGAUUUUACUUAGUCUAAAAAGAAUAACAAACACCAUCAUUUAAUUGGCCAUUAAGAAGGCUUGUGAGGAUU